AAGGAUUCCUUAAAGUCACCUCAAAGUCCAGAACCAGAAGCAGAUAUGGCCAACACCUGUUACCCGAAGAUCGGAAAGCCUGCCCCAGACUUCAAGGGAACCGCUGUAGUGGACGGACAGUUCAAAGACAUCGCUCUGAGUGACUAUCGCGGCAAAUAUCUCGUCCUCUUCUUCUAUCCCCUCGAUUUUACGUUUGUGUGUCCGACAGAAAUCAUAUCAUUCAGCGACCGAUCGGACGACUUCCGCAAAAUCGGCUGCGAGAUCGUCGCCUGUUCGGCCGACAGUCACUUCAGUCACUUGGCCUGGACAAACACACCCCGAAAGGAGGGCGGUUUGGGCGCAAUGAAGAUCCCGUUGUUGGCGGACAAGUCGGCGAAGAUCUCUCAGGACUACGGCGUGUAUUUGGAAGACGCGGGCAUUCCGUUGAGAGGGCUCUUCAUUAUCGACGAUAAGCAGAAUUUGCGUCAAAUCACGAUCAAUGACCUGCCCGUCGGUCGCAAUGUCGAUGAGGUUCUGCGUUUGGUUCAGGCGUUUCAGUUCACUGACGUUCACGGGGAGGUGUGUCCGGCCGGUUGGAGACCCGGCGCCGACACCAUUAAGCCCGAAGUGAAGGCCAGCAAAGAGUUCUUCAACAAACAGUAGACACCAAAUACAUAACCAAUCAUUUGAUUUGUUUGCGGAUCUUCUUCUUGAGCACAAUCUUUGUGAUUAGAAAUUGUUUUUAAUGUUUUUUAUUAAUCCUUUGUUUUUCUAUAAAAUUAUGUCUGGAAUUGUAUUUUGAAAUAACUGUUAACCACUUAAUCAACGAUUAGUUUUUAAAUUACAAUAUAUUCUGUAACUCUAUUUCUGCUAAUAAAAUAUGUGAACGCUUUUAGUGCUCUUUUAAA